AUAGCCGGCGAGGGUGAAGGGGGGUGGGCGGAUGGGGGCGAGGCUGGGAGUGAGCGGAGCCGCCGGGCCGGCGGGCCGAGCGGGCAGCUGCGCGCAGAAGCGGCGGUUCGGAGGCAUCGCGGAGCUGGGGUCGGCGCGGCGCCGAGGCAGGAGAGCGAGAGGGGUCCCUGUCCAGGAGACGGGGGUGGGAGGUCUGAGGGAGGCGCCUGGCCUGGAGCUGAGCCUGGAGCCGUCCGGGUCCGGCAGGCCCUGGGAGCCCGGGGGAGGGGGAGCCGAGUGAUUCAAAGGACACAGAGUCCCUCCCGGGUUCCACUUGCCCUCUGAGCCGCGGGGGGCUUUGUCCCCAUUUCCUGAGCCGCAGUGCGGACCACAGCCCCUUCAUCUGAGCCCCAGUGUAGACCUUCUCUGAUCUCUGAAUGGCCAAGGGGACCCCCAGCCCCUUUUCCUGAAUUACAGCAGAUCCUCCGCUGUGAAAGUUGCAGGUCCUACUGCCCCUCUGGGACCCGGUAGUAAUUCUGCCCUCCUCUUCUGAACCCCACCCCACCCGGCACCCCAGUCUUUCCUCUUCUGAACCGCAGAGGGGACCCAGCUCCUCCUUCCCCACACUCUGAGCCCAAAGAAGCCAGGAAGCAUCUCCUCUCAAACACAUAAGGGACCUCAGCUCUCCUUCCCGAGUACCCCAAACGCUGAGCCCUAGUGGGGAGCUCAGGUCCUUUCCAUCCGGGAACAAGAGUUUCCCUUUGGUGAUUCCUCCGGGUGGGGACCCCAGAGCGCCCCGCAGAGCUUCAGCUGACACUCGGUUCUCCUUCCCCUGGAGCCCUCAGGCUCCCCUCCCGGGUACCCCGUUUCGAGCGCUGCCGCUGGGGGAACCUUGCUUUUUCUCUGGUCCCAUCUUUGCUGCGCUGCAGUGGGUACCCCGGGCCCUCCUCUGGACCUUAGAGGGUUCUCAGCAGAGGAUCUAGUUUUUUUUUUUUUUUCUCUGCGAAGCCCCACAGGGGACCACCUCGACGUCUCCUUUCGAGGUUCCAGGGAGGUUUCAGAUCUUUCCUAUUCGUAGAUCAGCGGAAGCCGGCCCCCUCACACGCUUCUAGACGCCAGGCGCUUCCCUCCCCGCCCCCACCCCUCGAGAGCCUGCCUCGGGCUCGGGCCUCCUUCGCACCUGAGCCUCGUUGCCGGCGGCAAAGAUGAUGAUGUGGUCCAACUUCUUCCUGCAAGAGGAGGACCGGCGGCGAGGGGCCGCGAGCCGGCGGCGGGCUCACAAGUCCGGCAGGAUGACCCCGGAGCAGGAGGGCAAGAUCAAGCUGGCGCUGCUGCUGACCUCCGUGGGCGCCACGCUGGCCGUGCUGGCCGUGGGCACCGAGUUCUGGGUGGAACUCAACACCUACAGGGACAACGGCAGUGCCGUCUGCGAUGCAGCUCACCUGGGGCUCUGGAAGAUGUGCACCAAGCGACUGUGGCAGGCGGACAUGCCGGCGGGCAGAGACACCUGCGGUCCCGCGGAGCUGCCUGGAGGAUCAGGACUCAUACUUCCCGCCGUUGCUGACAGGACAUCUCGCGCCGCCCUCUUUCCCUCAGAGGACCAGAAGCAAACUGCACUUACUUUAAAUUCUUCACCACGGGAGAGAAUGCACGCAUCUUCCAGAGAACCACAAAGAAAGCCCAAAGAAGAGGAUUCCAACUCCUGGCCACAAGGCUGGAUAAGACCCACAGGCGUGUUUCGUGUAGUCUUCAGAAUGUUUACUAAGUUAUUUAUUUAUAACCAACUGCCAUUGAAAAUAUUCAGGGGGAAAAAAAAAUUCCAAAGAGUUCCAGAAAGCCAAACUUGAAUUUGCCAAGGCAGACAACUAUUUACAUAACAUUUACAUUGUAUUUAUAACUAUUUACAUUUGUGUUAGGUAUUAUAAGUAAUCUAGGGGAUAUUUAAAGUACAAGUGUAAGUUUUGUGCAAAUACUACGCCUUUUAAAUAAGAGACUUGAGCAUCUGUGGAUUUUUGUAUCUGUGGUGGAUCCUGAAACCAAUCCCCUGGCAUACCAGAGGGACGACUGCAUUUAAUUGAGGUGAAAGUCACAUAACAUACAAUUCACCACAAACCUUUUUUUUUUUUUUUAACUUUUUUCCACAGUAUGUGGUAUUUCCUGGGCCAAGGAUCGAACCUGCACCACCACAGUGACAACGCCAGAUCCUUAACCAGCUGAACUCCCUAUGAACCAUUAAGGGAACAACUCAGUGGCAUUGAGUACCUUCCCAGUGUUGUGCCACUGUCACCUCUAUCUAGCUCUGUGACAUUUUUCUGAGCCCCGAAGAAAUUUCAUACCCAUCAAAUGCUUACUCCUUCUUUCCUCCUCCUCCCAGCCCCUGACAACCACUCAUCUGCUUUCUGUCUCUGGAUUUAUCUGUUUUCUUGGGUACUGGUCAGAUUUAUUUCCGCUGAGCCACGACGGGAACUCCAGAUUUAUCUAUUCUCCAUGUUUCAUGUAACUGAAAACAGGUGUUCAGGCAAAUACUUGUGCACGAAUAUUCUAAGCACAACCAUUCACAGAAACCCAAAGAUACUGUCACCUUAAUAUCCAUCCACAGACGAAUGGAUAAACCAAAUGCAGUAUAUCCAUACAAUGGACUAUUAUUCAUCCAUAGAAAGGAAAGAGGUACUUUCUACACGUGGAUGGACCUCAAAAGUUUACUUCUGAAUUAGUUUCCCACCUUUAAACAUCAAAAGACUACCCAUCAAAAUCCAUGUUCCCAGGUUCUGUUGAAAAAUUGACACUGGCAACGUGGUAACCCUAGCAGAGUAUUUACACUCUGAGUUU